AUGAACGAUCUUAGCAGGGCUGCGCAUAUGUAUAAUCUUAUACAUAGUGUCACCAAUCCAGUUCAUAAACAGUAUAGUGUGCAAUUUGAACAGUACAAUAAUGAUUACCAUGAUCCAGUGAUAAGACGCAAGAUCUGUGGAAGAUGUGGAGCAUUACAAAUACCUGGAGUGAACCAAACACAUAGGAUCAAGCACGACACUAUCGAGCUACACUAUCGAGCGAAGCGAGAUAGUGGUGCAGUACUUACUAGCUUGCUACCACACUGGAGACAACACUGUGAGACACUAUUGAGCGACACUAUCGAGCAGAGCGAGAUAGUGGUGCAGUACCGACUAACUUGUUAUAAUACCAUCUCGCUCUGCUCGAUAGUGUUCAAAGCUUAUUAG